UUUCGUAAGAGACCAGGUGAUUCUCCGUAAUUUCAACCCCUCCUUUGCCUCUCGAAUUCCUCGUUCUCCCUUCACCGAAAGCCAAAGUCCCACACCUGCUUUUGUCAGUUAUCAGUAACCGUAGCUCAACCUCCACCACCAGAUUAUCAAUGGCGGCUCCUUUCUCAACCCUGUCAAAUGUGGGUAUGCUGUCAGGUACAAGAAGCCUGUCCAAGAACCCAACACUUAGCCCAACAUGUAAUGCCGUGAAGCUUCCAGGAAAAGUCUCGAUUUCUUCAAGCAUUUCAUUUUCUGCCGGCCUUUUCUCUGGGUCCUUGCGUCUUCUCCCUUUCACUUCAUCCCCGAGGAAUUCCCGUGUUCUCCGCCCUGUCCGAGCCAGUGCUGAGGUAGCAACUUUACAAUCAAAAGUAACUCACAAAGUGUAUUUGGAUAUAAGCAUCGGAAAUCCGGCGGGUAAAGUUGCUGGAAGAAUUGUGAUUGGAUUAUAUGGUGAUGACGUGCCCCAAACAGCCGAGAAUUUCCGUGCUCUAUGCACAGGAGAGAGGGGCUUUGGGUAUAAAGGUUCCACCUUCCAUCGUGUCAUUAAAGAUUUCAUGAUUCAAGGAGGGGACUUUGAUAAAGGAAAUGGAACAGGAGGCAAAAGUAUAUAUGGUCGUACCUUCAAAGAUGAAAACUUCAAGUUAUCCCAUACCGGACCAGGAAUUGUUAGUAUGGCAAAUGCAGGCCCGAACACCAAUGGCAGCCAAUUUUUCAUUUGCACUGUCAAGACCCCAUGGCUGGAUCAAAGGCAUGUUGUGUUCGGGCAGGUUUUAGAAGGCUUUGAUGUUGUUAAGCUUAUUGAAUCACAAGAGACUGAUCGUGGAGACCGCCCUAGAAAGAAGGUGGUUGUCAGUGACUGUGGUGAGCUUCCCGUAGCUGAAACCUGAUUCUAGCUGCUUACCUUUGUUUUUUUUUUUUCCCCAAACUUCGGACUAGUUUUCCAAAUUUUGAAAAGGCUCUAGCUUAACCGAGUUUUGAUUUUCUAGAGAAUGCUUUUCUUCUUAAUCACAUGUCUGAAGACGAGAAACUAAGACUCAGUUAUAGAAAUUAUCACCUUGUCAAACAUUAUACUGUAUUAUUGAAAUGAUUGAGCUAGUCAAUGGAUGGGAUGGCAAUGGUUUGAGCCAUUUGGAUA